AUGCUCAACACCAGGAUAGUUGGGGGGGAGGCGGCCCCUGAGGGCAGCUGGCCCUGGCAGGUGAGCCUGCAGAGAUCAGGGCGCCACUUCUGCGGAGGAUCCCUUAUUAACAGAGAAUGGGUGCUGACGGCUGCUCACUGCUUCUCAAGCCCCAACACAAACAAUCUGUUCGUGUCUCUGGGGCGCCAGACUCUAGAGGGCGCCAACGCCAACCAGGUGUCUGUAACUGUAUCACGGAUCAUCAAUCACCCCAACUACAACUCUGAGACGAAUGACAACGACAUCUCCCUCCUGAAGCUCUCCUCACCGGUGACUUUCACCACAUACAUUUUGCCCGUGUGCCUGGCAGCUGCAGGCAGCACCUUCUUCAGCGGCAUCGACUCCUGGGUCACCGGCUGGGGCAAUAUCGGAAGUGGAGUGGAUCUUCCUUCCCCACAAACGCUGAUGGAGGUGGAGGUGCCAGUUGUGGGGAACAGACAGUGUACGUGUGACUACAGGUUGAGGAACAUCGCAAUCACAGACAACAUGAUCUGCGCAGGGUUACGUACUGGAGGGAAGGACUCCUGUCAGGGGGAUUCAGGCGGUCCGAUGGUGAGCAAGCAGGGCGGUCGCUGGAUCCAGGAAGGAGUCGUGAGUUUUGGAAUAGGUUGCGCCUUGCCUAAUUUCCCAGGAGUCUACACCAGAGUGUCCCAGUAUGAGUCAUGGAUCAACAGCCAAGUCACCAGCAACCAGCCGGGCUUUGUCCCCUUCAGCUCCACUGGGACGGACAGUGACCUCAGCGUCAACUGUCCUGGCCUGCCACCACCUCCAACCACCAUCCCUACAACCAUAGUCAAACCUGUGUUCUGUGGCAAAGCCCCGCUGAAUUCACGUAUUUUGGGAGGAUCCUCGCUGAUGCUGGCCGGCGAGUGGCCAUGGAUGGCGAGCCUGCAGAAGAAGGGAAGUCACAUGUGCGGUGGGACUCUGGUGGCCGUUGACGCCGUGUUGAGCGACGCCGACUGCUUCUCAAGUUCCCCCAGGCCGUCUGAAUGGACCGUAGUGCUGGGUCGGCUGAAACAGAACGGAGCCAACCCCUUUGAGAUGACCCUGAAUGUGACAAACAUCACUCUGAGCAACCUGACGGGGUCUAAUGUGGCCGUGCUGCAUCUGGCAACCCCCCCCCCCCUGUCCGUCUACAUCCAGCCCGUCUGCAUGGACGACGGACGGACCUUCGCCGUGGGCUCGACCUGCUGGGCUGCUGGCUGGAGCGCCAAGCGAGGAGGAGAGGAACAAUUGUUGCAGGAGUUUCGGACCACGGUGGAAAGUUGUGGGAACGCGUCGUCGAGCGACAACAUUUGUACCGGAGCUUUUACUCUGGAUCAAGGGGAUUAUGGAGGUCCGCUGAUGUGUAAGCAGGGUGACUCUUGGUUCCAGGCGGUCGUCCUGUCAGCUGCAAACAUCACCAUUCAAACACAAGGACGAGCGUCCGCACAGCUCUUCACCAAACUGAGCCACUUUCAGGCCUUCCUGAGCAGCACAGUGGGCUUCUUGUCUUCAGGCUCCAACACCACAGAGGGCCUGACCACGACCAGCAGCGGGGUCGACCCUGCUCACUUCCUCUUCUUACUCCAUCUCCUCGUCUUCUCCGCGUGUCUCCAUCUCUUCUUGUAG